CCAACGGUCAAAACUUCAAUCGAAACCGCUUUGCGGCUAUUGAACUUACGAUACGAUGGUGUUUUGUACGUAUACCGUGACAUCGGAUAUCACUUGUAUGUAGUGUGUCCGAUAAGGCAGUGCAUCGUUUUGAGCAUAAGCUUUAUAUAAACAUCGUCAGUAAAGGCGAUCAUACUUAAUACUAUGAAUAUCGACUGGAGUAAUCUUUUUUGUUCACCUGCCAAGCGUGUAAAAUAUGUCAUCACCCGACACGAACUAUCUGCUGAACCUUCUUCAGAUAUCGGACAGUGCAUUUCCAACGGGCAGUUUCGCUCACAGCGCCGGCUUAGAAGUGGCAUACCAGCGUGGGUUUCUGAAUACGUCGGAAAAGGUCGAAAAGUUCCUGCUUGCAAGUGUUGAGAAUGUAGGUUCCUUCAGUGUACCAUUCGUGAGAGAAGCAUACAAGAUAUGGACUGACCUCGAAGCCAUCAGAGCUCUGGAUCGCCUCCUGAAUGCCUCGUUGAGCAAUCACAUCGCCAACAGGGCGAGUACGCAACAGGGGCGGUCUCUGAUCCAGACUGCUUGUGCAACGUACAAGGAUGCAAAACUCACAGAAAUUCAGAACUGGAUCUAUGAUGGCAAGUUGAUAGGCCAUCAGGCUGUAAUGUAUGGCAUUGUGUGCGCAUUUCUGAGUAUUCCCGAAGACCAGGCCAUCCUGUCCUUUCUAUUCAGCUCGCUCCGAACCACAGUUGCUGCUGCAGUACGGCUUGGAGCUGUAGGCACACUUGAGGGCCAGCGGAUGCAGUUUAUGCUGCAGACGAGGCUGCCUGAGAUCAUUGAAAGCUACACUGGCAGUAUCCAAUCGUGCUGUUCAGGGCACCACUGCCGUAAGCGAGUUGGUGGGGGCAUGCAUGACGAGGGCACCACACUCCUGCAAGUAGUGCUUGCUGACGCCUCUCGAUAUGAGGCACCAACACAGAACGUCAGACAAUGCUGCCAAUGUGUAUCCCCUGGUUGACGUGAUGCAGAGUUCCCACGACCAGCUGUUUGCACGCAUGUUCUAUUCCUGACAGAAAAGCACUGCCAUAAGAAAGAUGGGAGCGUUAACGAAAGAAUGAGAAAAUAAAAUAAAACUGAGCUACAA